AUGCCUACGCAACUGGCGCACCCAUCCCCGAAGCGCAAGCGCGAUCAACCCCCGCCUGUCCCUCUGCUCAACACGGCCCUCGCCCUGCGUCCCGCAUCCGCACCGCCACGAGGCAGCCCCGCGCCCUCAUCAGGUCCUGAUAGCCCACGAAAUGUAGUCGCAGAUCAGCUGCGAGGUAUGAACCUCGCUGCACUCGCGGCAAUACCCAUGUCCCCGCUCACGCCAACCGACGAUGUGAUACGCAAGAAGCCGAAGCUCGAUGCCAUGAGGGUAGACAGCGGAACUGCAUCAGAUACAUAUACCAUCCGCGAGAGUUUCAGCAGCUAUACAAACGGGGAAGACUUGGAUACUGUCGCUGUGACGACUGAGCUGGACCUCUCUCGGGCGUCGCAACCCCGCUUGUUGCCAGAUAUCGCUUCUUUUGCCCAACACACCAGCUUCGUCUCAUCGCCUAUACCCACGACCCUGCAGUCGCAUGCAGCUGCAAAGCAGAAGUCGCGCGCGCAAAGCCCCUCUUCUUCGCAACCCCGCCCUCGGGCUAGAUCGCCGUCGCCCUCAAUGUCAGCUCUCACGUGGCGAGAUAGCGAGAUCACGGGACACUUGGUCGAUCCUUCGACUGACCCAGAUGAUGACGGUACUGGACUCAACGGGAUCGGCUUCAAGCCUACACCAGCAUUAGCAUAUGCGAGGUCGCAGAAGCGGCGACAACAGUUGACCGAAUGGAAACUACGUGAGACUCGCGAGGCGAGAGCGAAACGUAGUGAGAGACGGCGGAGGGGUGUGCGAGACACGCCUUCGCGGGAAGUGACAGUUGAACGGGAAGUCAUGCCUGUCAACAAGAUCGAGACGACGAAGCGGACGGUCAAGUUUGCUGUAUGA